ACUGCAAGAAAAUCUUUAAUACACUCUAAUUGUGUGGUUGAAGAUCCAUGAUGCGAGGAACGUCAGAGUGACACAUUGGGCACUAUAAUAUCGAGUUAGGCAGGAAUACUAUUAUUAGAGAGUAAUCAAGAAUAAUUUGCACUGUAUGAACAUUGUCCCAUGAAAAAGGAGAAGCAAAGAUGAAGCAGUGUUAAACCUGUGUUGGCACUAUGUUGAAUUUUAAAUAUAUUGAUACUGGUGAAGGGAGAAGAAGAAACAAAAAAUUAGGCCAUUUGGGCAGCAUCAAGGAGCCACGGACCAAAGGAUUAGAAAACUUCCAUUUUCUCUUAAUUCGUGAUUGUAAUAAGCACUUCAUUGUGUAGGUGAAUUACACAUAUGAAGAAAUAGCAAGUGGAGGAAAUCAUUUCAGGAUCAAAUAAAAAUAUCACUACAGUCAAUUGGACAGACAUCGGCACAUUCUUCAAUGGACAGCUGAAGCUAGUUCUGGAUGGGUACAUGUUGAGAAGUAUGGACUGUGAGACGAUGCUAUCUGAAUAUGGUUGUAUGCCAUGAUACUAAUAAGAGUAACCAGCUCGCUCAGAAGGAUGCUACUACCUCAAGUGGCAAGAUCUGUUUCUCUGGAGGACAUUUUGUCUAUGGUCAUUUAGAUCUUUUCAGUGGUUCUGGGGAGUUGGGGCAGUGGAUCCUGGGAAUGGAAGAGAACAGAAAGAUUGUUCCUUCUCAGAUAUUUGACAGUUUGAAAACUGAAAAUGUCACUUUGCAAUAUCAAAUGGACAAGCAUAUGAAACCGUCAGUGGUGGAAAGUGAUUUGGCCCUUCAUUAAGAUUAGGACCGCUUGAAGAAGAGAGUGAAGAUGAAACAAAAAGUGACUCAAGGAAUGGUGAGUCAGUUGGAAAUGGUACUGUUGGCUAUGCAAAGUGAUUUAGAGUCCUCAUCCUCUGACUCUGCUGCUUACGGUCAACCACAGACUGUGAAGAGAGAUUUACUCCUGGUGAAUUUUCCAUCUCGUUGCGCUUCUUACUUUUAACUCUUCAUAUUUAGACUAAGAAAUUCUCUUCCCUUAGGCCCACUUACUUCGUCUUACUUGUGCUGCUAAAGGACCGCUUGGUGAUGCUUUGCCCCAAAUAACAUCAGAGCUCCUCAAUCUGGGGAUAUCUAUUUGUCAUGGUUUAUUUAGUUAAAGUCUUUAUUUUCUUUGGGGAUAUGUGUUAUGUACCUGGCUCUAAAUUUACUCCUCAGAUUCUUUCCGAAGGUGUGCGGGAUAUGGCUAUGAAACCAUCAUCAUCCUUUGACAAGACAUUUCGUCGUGUAUUCAGGAAACAUAUUGUUAGUCAACUGUGCAUUUCUUUGUCUCAAAUGUGGAUGUCCAUUUAAUUAAUAAUGUAAUACAACUAGGAUUCAACUAUAUGUUCCUUUGCCAGACUGGUGUUCUUUAGUUAUGAAUUUAUUAUUUAAUAGAUCUGAAAAAUACCUUUUCCUACAGAGAUGUGCAUGAGACUACUCCCUUGUUCUCCUAUAGUUGUUGAAGGAUGUUACCAACUGCAAACCUGUAACGAAACUGAAAACAUUUCUUUGCAUUGUUCAUAAUCUCCUAUUGCAGAUAAAUCCACACGCAAGGCACUUGAUGAGUUGGCGGAGCUUUUCAACUUAAGAGUUUGGAAGAUUGAUAGACAUGUCUUUCUUGAUGCACUUAUGCCACCAACUGAAUUUUAUCACAGGAACUUGUAUUUCCAGAAAUCAAGUCCUCCUGGUGCAGUUGGGACUAGUAUUGCUCUGAGACUAUUUUGUUACAUUCUUCUGUUGAUGAAAUGACAUUGGCAUUAAUGUGCUUGUCUGUUCAAGGGAGGUGGUGGCUUAUUAGUCGAGCGCAUGGAACUAGUGGCUGAACCGUGGGAGGAGAAUAUUAAGGCAGAAUUUGUCCCCUUGCAUGAUCCAAGCCUCACUGAACAAUAUGAAUGUGCAAGCGAGCAUGAUAUCAAAUGUCUUAUUGUCAUCACUGACUCUGGUGUUUCACAGAAAAGUUCAGUAAAGGUUGUAUGCCAUGAUACUGAUAAGAGUAACCAGCUCGCUCAGAAGGAUGCUACUACCUCAAGUGGCAAGAUCUGUUUCUCUGGAGGACAUUUUGUCUAUGGUCAUUUAGAUCUUUUCAGUGGUUCUGGGGAGUUGGGGCAGUGGAUCCUGGGAAUGGAAGAGAACAGCAAGAUUGUUCCUUCUCAGAUAUUUGACAGUUUGAAAACUGAAAAUGUCACUUUGCAAUAUCAAAUGGACAAGCAUAUGAAACCGUCAGUGGUGGAAAGUGAUAAGGCAGGGCAUGCAUAUGGCCCUUCAUUAAGAUUAGGACCGCUUGAAGAAGAGAGUGAAGAUGAAACAAAAAGUGACUCAAGGAAUGGUGAAUCAGUUGGAAAUGGUACUGUUGGCUAUGCAAAGGAUAUUUUUGUGGAAGGAAAUUUAACAGAAACUGAUUUUGGUGAUUUGGAUAGUGAUUCAGAGUCCUCAUCCUCUGACUCUGCUACUUACGAUCAACCACAGACUGUGAAGAGAGAUUUACUCCUGGCCCACUUGCUUCGUCUUACUUGUGCUGCUAAAGGACCGCUUGGUGAUGCUUUGCCCCAAAUAACAUCAGAGCUCCUCAAUCUGGGGAUAUCUAUUUGUCAUGUUUUAUUUAGUUAAAGUCUUUAUUUUCUUUGGGGAUAUGUGUUAUGUACCUGGCUCUAAAUUUACUCCUCAGAUUCUUUCCGAAGGUGUGCGGGAUAUGGCUAUGAAACCAUCAUCAUCCUUUGACAAGACAUUUCAGGAAACAUAUUGUUAGUCAACUGUGCAUUUUUUUGUCUCAAAUGUGGAUGUCCAUUUAAUUAAUAAUGUAAUACAACUAGGAUUCAACUAUAUGUUCCUUUGCCAGACUGGUGUUCUUUAGUUAUGAAUUUAUUAUUUAAUAGAUCUGAAAAAUACCUUUUCCUACAGAGAUGUGCAUGAGACUACUCCCUUGUUCUCCUAUAGUUGUUGAAGGAUGUUACCAACUGCAAACCUGUAACGAAACUGAAAACAUUUCUUUGCAUUGUUCAUAAUCUCCUAUUGCAGAUAAAUCCACACGCAAGGCACUUGAUGAGUUGGCGGAGCUUUUCAACUUAAGAGUUUGGAAGAUUGAUAGACAUGUCUUUCUUGAUGCACUUAUGCCACCAACUGAAUUUUAUCACAGGAACUUGUAUUUCCAGGUAUCAGAACCAAGUUCUCAUGCUAACAUAUUCCUUCAGAUGUGGACUUGUUAAUGAACUCAAACACCUGUGCAGAUGACAGGAAAUAUUACGAUUAUCUGUCAUUCGUAUUGCAGCUAAAAUGUGUGGAUUAUUUUCUGUCAAUAAUCCAGAUAUCUUUUAGUUCUUUGUACAGGAUCUUAAGCCUCAGAUGCCCUCUAUUGGAAGCAACUUAUGCUUCCUCCACCAUAACAAUGUGCAUCCCUAAUGCUUCACAUCAAACCAGAGUUUGCAUAAUGCUCUGAAAUUAUGAUCGCUAACAGGAUCUCAAGGUUUCAAAACAAAAUUUUAAUCUUAAUAUUAUAUAAUGAAUCCAUGUCUACCUCUCUCAACCGGAAACAAGCUACCCUCAAUAUCCAAAGAAUGGGUUGCAUGACCUUGCUUUAGUAAGACAACCAUUUCAGAAGCCGAUCAUGUGCUUCUGUGCAUAUAGA